CCGGCGACUCUGUUUGUGAACCUGAGAAAGAACAUCUGAAAAUGCUCACAUCUAAUUGCUAUUGACUGGUACCAAAUCCAUCAGAUCUGGUACAUCGCAAAAGUCGCUGGGGAGUCUUAAACUCAACAUUCAUCUCUAAACGAGUGUGCAAACUCCCAAACUCAUGAGCAGAUUGGGCAAUCAGGAUCGAGGAACCGAGAUGGUGGAUGUAAACGUAAAAGAACACGACUGUUCCUGACUGAUAAGCGCAUCUGGGUUACGAAGGCCGUGGGUACAUUGUGCGUUUGGUGAAGAAAGGUCAGCCAGAAUUCCCACUGCCUUCAAGCCUUUAGUCGGAACCGGCGAGAGGAAAGAAUAAGACGGAGGAGAAGGGCGAUGGUGAUGAUUAUGAUGCACGAUGAGAUGAAGGAAGCGUAGGAGACAGAUGCACAUACAGCAGCAAGACACUCGUCCUUCUCAUGAUUGAAAGAACGAACGAGUGAGAGACCGGAUGUGCGAGAAGGUCGAGGAGACUCGUGCGCUGAAUCUGACGGAUGCUGCGAGUCUAUGCUCGCUAUUCAAAAGCUGACCUUGAACAAUUUGCAUCGGGCGAUCGAUCGAUGGCCAUCAUAGAGGAAAUUUCAGAUUCGCAGGCGGCAGAGAUUUUGGGGAGCAAGGCGCUCGGCAAUAGGCAAGCAGAUCGAAACGAUGAUGAGGACGACGAUGGGAUCCCCGACAGCAAUCCAGGGUCCAACCAAUCGCCACUGGAUGAGGUACUGAGACGGAUUUCAGAUCUAGAACAGGUCCUCCCUCAAACGGAAGACGAAGAUGAGAGCAGGACGGAUCGACCAAACGAAAUCAGGGCAGAGGCAGAGGCAGAGGCAGAGCCAUCAGCGGAAGAUCAACAAGAAUCGAAGGCGAAGAAACCUGGAGCCGGUGAGGCUGUCUUACUGGGUGCUUUGGCAACCGGAGUCAAUGGACCCACUUGGUUCGUGAUCAAGGCCGUGCUAGUGGCUUUAGCCGCGUCUCUGGUGCUGCUUCUGCACGUUGCCAUUCAAAGCUCGAGCUGGAUGGUGCUGUUGAACGUUGUGUUUCUCAUCGUCAUCGCAGGCGGUCUGGCGCUGCUUCUGAGCUGGUACGUAUCUCAAAUCGGACUGGUGAGCGUGGAGAAGCAGAUGGUGGAGCUGAAAUUGGUAGACGAACCCUCCGAAACUGGAACAAAGAAGACUGAAUGACGAAGCAACUUCGUGGUCGCCAAAGUCGACGGCUGCCCAAGAAGGCAGAAGAAGGAUAAGCGAUAAGAACAGUUAGUGCACGGUCGAGUCAAGAAAGACAUCAGUGAGAAUCAUCCGAGUGAGGUUUUGACAAGUCUGUAAUUCUAGAAAUUCUCAUUCUGGAUGUGACGAGGUCCGGGACUCUGUUAGCAGCUGUGCUUGUUACUUGAUCUUUUGAUGUACUGAGGAGUUUUCAUCUCGGGAAGCUAGGCAGAAAAGAAUCACCCUCACCACGCUCAUCGAGCUCAAACAGAUGGGUAGAGUUGGAUUCCAUCGUUUGUCCACCUGAAGACAAUGUGACAAUGCUCAGACUUUGGUUUUGCUGGACCAGUCAGGAUCUUUCAGUGUCCGAUCUGCAGCACAGACUGCUGUUUCCCAGAAACACAAGAGACGUAGAAGCGAAGCAGCCAUUUGUCUUCUUUGUCAAGAAUUCCUUGCUAAAUCUUGUGAAUUUAUUCUGCGGGAUAUUUGGAAUCACCGAUCCUGAUAUCGAGGAUUGCACAGUGUUUCGUGGGCCACUCAAAAU